AUGGCCGAAUUCGUGCGAGCGCAGAUCUUCGGCACCACGUUCGAGAUCACUUCAAGGUAUUCCGAUCUCCAGCCCGUCGGCAUGGGAGCCUUUGGUCUCGUCUGCUCCGCCCGCGAUCAACUCACGAACCAGAACGUCGCCGUCAAGAAGAUAAUGAAGCCCUUUAGCACGCCCGUACUCGCCAAGCGCACGUACCGCGAGCUCAAGCUGCUCAAGCACCUCAAACACGAGAAUGUCAUCUCCCUCAGCGACAUCUUCAUCUCUCCCCUCGAAGACAUCUAUUUCGUCACAGAACUGCUCGGUACCGAUCUGCACCGGCUGCUGACCUCGCGGCCCCUUGAGAAGCAGUUCAUCCAAUACUUUCUCUACCAAAUCAUGCGGGGUCUGAAAUACGUGCACUCGGCCGGCGUUGUCCACCGCGACCUCAAGCCUAGCAACAUCCUCGUCAACGAAAACUGCGACUUGAAGAUUUGCGACUUUGGCCUGGCGCGGAUCCAAGACCCGCAAAUGACGGGCUACGUCUCGACGCGGUACUACCGGGCUCCCGAGAUUAUGCUUACGUGGCAAAAGUACGACGUCGAGGUUGACAUUUGGAGCGCGGGCUGCAUCUUCGCCGAGAUGCUCGAGGGCAAGCCCCUCUUCCCAGGAAAGGAUCACGUCAAUCAGUUCUCCAUCAUCACCGAGCUCCUUGGCACGCCCCCGGACGAUGUCAUCAACACAAUCGCCAGCGAGAACACGUUGCGGUUUGUCAAGUCUCUGCCGAAGCGCGAACGCCAGCCCCUCAAGGACAAGUUUAAGAACGCCGAUCCUUCGGCAAUCGAUCUUCUAGAGAGCAUGCUCGUGUUCGACCCCAAGAAGCGGAUAACAGCGACCAAUGCCCUCGCACACGACUACCUCGCGCCCUACCACGAUCCCACCGACGAGCCCGUGGCCGAGGAAAAGUUUGAUUGGAGCUUCAACGACGCCGACUUGCCCGUCGACACGUGGAAGAUUAUGAUGUACUCUGAGAUUCUCGACUACCACAACGUGGACGCGAAUCCACACACCAUGAACGGCCAGCCAUUCCAUGGUUGA